CUUCAACUAGACGUAGGAGAGCCCGAGACCGAGGACCAGAAUCUUAGGGCUGCGUCCAUUACUGAUACGAUAAGUUCAACGUUAUCAGCAAAUGUCUGAGAGCAAAGGCGAAGAAGAAGAUGGGAUCAAUUAAUUCCGUUCACCGUCACCGGUAACUCAUAUCGUUUCCGGUUCUCUAUCCAAUCCAUUUCUAUCGUUUAUUGCUUUGAAUUGAAUUCUUGGAGGGUAAGGGUUGAAGAAGUUUUCGGGGGUGAGGACGAAACCAAGAUGCGAGGGCGAAGAUGUGGAAGGCCAUCAGAGAUAGAGAAUCAGGGAAGCUUCGCUCUAGUUUGUUCAGCACUAAGGUUAUAUCCAGUCGUGUUUCGUCUAUCCAACUCUCCAAUUACAAAGAGAUCAUCUCUCCUCACCGAGGCUCCGUCAAUUCUCUCCAGGUUGAUUUGACAGAGGGACGAUAUUUGCUAGCUGGUGCAUCUGAUGCAACAGUUGCUGUAUAUGAUGUUCAACAUGCAACGGAUUAUGAUGGAGGUGGUUUGGUUGCAAUGCAUAAGCCUAUAUUUGUUAUCGACAAGCAACAUGAACAUGGGCAUAAAUAUGCUGUAUCCUCAGCCAUAUGGUAUCCCAUUGACACAGGGUUGUUCAUCACAGGUUCAUAUGAUCAUCACAUUAAUGUUUGGGAUACUAAUACUACACAGGUUGUAAUGAAUUUUAAAAUGCCCGGAAAGGUUUACAGGACUGCUAUGUCUCCAGUGUCAGCAUCCCACAUGCUAAUUGCUGCUGGAACUGAAGAUGUUCAAGUGCGCCUUUGUGAUGUUGCUUCAGGGGCAUUUGUUCACACAUUGUCUGGUCAUCGUGAUGGUGUAAUGUCAGUAGAGUGGUCUACUUCUAGUGAGUGGGUUGUGGUGACUGGAGGAUGCGAUGGUGCAAUACGUUUUUGGGACAUUAGGCGUGCUGGGUGUUUUCGUGUUCUAAAUCAAUCCCACACUCAGCUGGGAAGACGUCCACCACUUCUACAACGUGCCGCUAUGAGCAAAGUUUCAACGCCAAAAUCCUUGUCAGCAGGCCAGAGCUUAUUCAUGAAAGCCCGUGCACCUCCACGAAAAAUGGUUCAUGGGAAUGGUUCAAAGCAGCAUGCUGUUGGUAAAACCCCCAGUCAACCCAAAAGUUCUGCAAAGCAUAGAAUGCAUCCAGGGUUGUUGUCUAGUCUGGAUCGCUCCACAGCUCAUUAUGGAGCUGUUAUUGGAUUAAAAGUGACUGAAGAUGGCAUGUAUCUUUUUAGUGCAGGUUCUGAUUCAAGGUUACGGUUGUGGGACAUUGAAUCUGGCUGCAACACACUGGUGAACUUUGAAACUGUUCGUCUACAAACUGGCAAGGGAAUCCAACUAGCAACUACUCAAGAUCCUGCCCUUGUUUUUGUACCUUGCAUGAGUUCUGUGAAAGUAUUUGAUGUAUGGUCAGGCGAGACUGUUGGGGCAUUUCGUGGUCACUAUGAAUAUGUGAAUUGUUGCUCUUACAACUCCCAGGACCAGGAAUUAUACACUGCUGGUAAUGACAGGAAAAUUCUCGUCUGGUCUCCAUCCAAAUUCAGUUCUGAUGAAUUGGAAAAGAAGACAAAAAUAGGUCAUGCUUCUGCAAUGGAUGAGGAUAACUGGAGCGAUUGAGAUUUAGGAUUGCAGCCGCCUUCCAGGCCAUCUGCAAUCUGCAUGUUUGAUAAUGUACAUAGAUUUUCCAUCUUUUGAUAGUGCUGUUUGUUUGUUACCCUUUUUCUUUUCCCUUGAAUUUAAUGCUUUUUGAUUUAGGUUGCUAGCUUUUCCUUGAAAGGGACGUUGUAUUUAUUUCCAGUGAUUAUUAGAUAUCUACUGAAAGAAACAAGUCGUCCAUGUUAACGAAGUUUCUUUAAUAAUAUUAGGUAUAAAGCACGGGGAUAUGCUUAGAAAGGUACAGGUAAUAUAGGUUUUUAGAAAAACAGAAUAUUUGUUAUUGUAACUUUAGAUGGAUCUCUUGUGCUCUAUCAAACAGAUGAAUGUUGAAUGUA